CAGUACCCGACAGUCACUACCAGGGAGUUCCGCUGUACACCGUGUACGUUAUAACCCCGUCUGUUCGAGAACAUACGGACGGUUUGAGAAGCCAGUGCUGAAAUUUUGGACUAGCAUGGUCGGCUUUAGUCAUUCAUUCCUUCAGGUCGAAGGACUUUGUUGAUGAGAACUAACCCUGAUAGCCAUAUAGCUGGCUAGCAUACUAAAGCUGUAAGGGCUACGUUUCAUUUCAUACUACGGUAUAGCUACAGUGUUAAUAAUUUUUUUUGUGAAAGAAGAUAUGGGAUCAACAAAACCAGCUGGUGUGAUAGCCUACGUCUGCUCCUCAGGCCCUGCCUCUAGCCUGGACUCUUGUUUGACUGACCACUCCAACAGCCACUCACCAUGCACAUCUCCGCCCCCUUCCACCACACAGAGCUGCAAGGUGGAGCUGCCUGCUGCCUCACCCCUCGGAGUGCCAAAACAACCCCACUCCCGUAUGCCUGCCUCAGAGAAGUCCACCCUGUCCGCUGCCAAAAGUGGCAUCACAAAGCUCAGUGGGAUGGUACUGCUGUGUAAAGUGUGCGGCGACGUAGCCUCUGGCUUUCAUUAUGGAGUCCAUGCUUGCGAAGGAUGCAAGGGCUUUUUCCGGAGGAGCAUUCAGCAGAACAUCCAGUAUAAGAAGUGCGUGAAGUCAGAGAGCUGCACCAUCGUGCGCAUCAACCGAAACCGCUGCCAGCAGUGCCGAUUCAAGAAGUGCUUGUCCGUGGGGAUGUCCCGAGAUGCUGUGAGGUUCGGUCGCAUCCCGAAGAGGGAGAAGCAGCGCAUGCUCCUGGAGAUGCAGAACGCCAUGAACAGCAUGAUGAACAGCGCCCAGCUGCACAACAUGCUCCGCGACUCCAGCUCCUCCUCCACCUCCCCUUCUUCUUCCUCCUCAUCCUCCUCAUCUUCAUCCUCGCCCCCAUCCUCACCGCAGUGCCCCCAGGAUUCGGAGCCGACAGUCCCCAUGGACACAUCCAUGAGCUCGUCGUCAUCCUGUUCGUCGGACAGCGGCGAGGAGGACGCACCGGGUCCCGCACUGCGUGCCGAGCUGUUUGCCCACGGGCAACCAACGGUCUCACCACCAGGUGUCUCCCUCUCGCCGAGCCUCACGGAGAGGCUGAGUGACGGCAGCCCGCAGGCCAGCUGGAGCCCUGACAGCGAGUCUUCCUGCGAAAGCAGCCAGCGAGUCACCACUGGGUACCACGCUGCACAGCAGCGUAACUGCGCCCCUAGUGGUGGUCAGAUGGAUAACACUGGCUACUGCCACUACAACAGGCAUAAUAUGAAUGAGAUUGCUGGAAGAGGAGGGAAUCGAGGGCAUCUGGUGUGCCCUAUGAACACUUCUCCGAUAGUGGACCCGACCAAGCCCAGUCAUACGAUCUGGGAGGAGUUCUCGAUGAGCUUCACCCCUGCUGUGAGGGAGGUCGUUGAGUUUGCUAGGCAGAUUCCUGGUUUUCGCAUGCUCUCCCAGCACGACCAGGUCAGCCUGCUCAAAGCAGGCACGUUUGAGGUGCUGAUGGUCCGCUUCGCAGGGCUGUUCGAUGUGAAGGAGCGUACGGUCACCUUCCUGAGCGGCGCGCGCUACAGCGUGGAGACGCUGCGCUCCAUGGGUGCUGGUGAGCUGCUUGCCUCCAUGUUUGACUUCAGCGAAAAGCUCGUGGCUCUGCAGCUCAGCGCGGAGGAGACGAGCCUGUUUGCCGCCGUCGUGCUCGUGUCUGCCGACCGCACUGGCAUCGAGGACCUUAGCUCAGUGGAAGCCCUGCAGGAGAACCUGAUCCGGGCGCUGAGGGACCUGGUCACGAAGAACCACUCCAACGAGGCUGCUGUCUUCACCAAGCUACUGCUCAAGCUGCCAGAACUGCGCUCCCUCAACAACAUGCACUCUGAAGAACUCCUGGCCUUUAAGGUCCACCCUUAAACCAGGACCAAUGUUCUCUCCUGCCUCUGACCAAUCUAAGUUGUAUAUUUCUGUCCUGAAUGUAUUUAACACAAGGGAUAUUAUUAUUAUUAUUAUUAUUAUUAUUAUGGCUUUAGGAAGAGGCUAUUGGAAUAUGUUGGAUUUUGGUGUGUGUGUAUAUAUAUAUAUAUAUAUAUAUAUAUAAUAUUUUUUGCUCUCACGCUCUCAUAUAUUGCACACGUUCAGUUUUUUGGAGUUUGCAGUUUUGUUCAUGUCACUGUUGCAAAGACACUGAAUGUCAGAGACUUUUUAAUUUUAACUAGACAACCACUGCUUACCAGGUGUAUUGAAUCAUGACCAUGUUUCGUAUGCCAAACCAAGGCUGUUUUGAAGCUUGCUUUUAUGCACUACUCUUCGCAACCAGAGACAGACAGAAUAGUAUCAAAGAUUUUGAUACUUGUGCAGUAGGUGCUAAUGCAUGGUUACGUGUACUUUGGUGUGAUGUCUUGUCCAGAAUAGCUUGUGUGCAUUUUUUUUCUUUCUUUUUAAGUACCAAACCUCCUGUUGUCAUCAUGUGUCUGUUUGUGUGUACAGUUUUUUAUUUCACCUGUGUAUGUCUAACAACUGUUAGCCAGGAUGCACGUGGGCAUCACAUUCACUUUGGACUUUACAUGCGCUGCUUUUGCACAUGCUGCUGUGGAACAAAACAGGCCACCAACACAUCUCGCAACGUUAAAUAUCUGAAUGUCUAUGCAUAACCCUCCGAUCACAGCAGCAUGAUGCAGACACGCUCACGUGUCUGUUGAAGGAACUGAACGGACUCGGGGUCCGAACGCUGCCGUGCUCGUACGACGUCGUCUGUCUUCCUUUAUGAAAACCUCAGUGGAAGAUGGUUCUGUACUGGCCGUGAAUACUUAUUAUGCACAACACAAAGACAAGGAAUUAUAUUUAUAAACUCCACUGGAAGCUCACAAGGACUCAUACAGAUGGCCUUACACUCGUUUGUCACCAUGACAGACAUGCGGGGACAUGAUGACUUUUUUUUUUUUUUUUUUUUUUUUUUUUAACUGAAGUUUUAUUUGGUGCGACUGGCGGGAGAGACAGCUGCGAUGCAGGUGCCCCGUACCUCUUCCGGCCACUCGUUUCCUCUUUAUCGCUCUAUGCAUAAGAAAGCUCAACGGUGUGGACAACCUUCAAUACAUAAACCAUAGGAAACUAUUGAUAGAUGGAAUGGAACAUUCUUUAUUUGUCCAUCUGGUCUGUUGUGUACAUCUAUUUCAGAUAUCUACAUAUACUAUAUCAAUAAAUAUCUAUUUAAAAAUCAA